UAAAGGGGGAUCGGUGAUAAAUCAUAUAAUCUAUUUUUGUAAAAUAGGAUUUCAUAAACAGUCUUUUCUGAUUUUAUUAUUACUUAUAUAGAUAGUAUAUUUUAGCCAAGAUAAUUUAAAUAUUCGAUAAAAAUGAACGAGGAACCAUUGCCGCAAGAGGUGACAAAGCACAGUUUUCGUCAGAAAAUAUGGGACUACUUGAUGGAGAACGAAUUAGUCAAUUUCCCUUUAACCGUAUACAACCGUAUACCAAAUUUUAAAGGCGCAGCCGAAGCAGCAAUGCGUUUAGCGGAGCUGAAUGAGUUUAAAAAGGCAAAUAUUAUAAAGAUAAAUCCGGACAAGCCGCAAGAACCUGUGAGAUUCUUGGCGUUGGAGAGUAAUAAGGAGAUAUUGGUUCCAAUUCCAAGGUUAAGAUCCGCCAAAAGCCUGUUUCUUCACGUUACACCAGUCGCUGGCGCUACAAAGAACAAAUUGAGAACAUGGUCUAAAAUUUAUGGUAUGACGGAAAUUGGUAAACCACUUGGAGUAGACUCUAGCAUAAAGGUAGAUCUGGUGGUGUUGGGGUCUGUAUGCAUCAGCCGCGAUGGAUAUAGACUCGGUAAAGGUAAAGGAUUCGCAGAUUUGGAGUUUGCUAUGAUGAUGAGGAUGGGUGCGGUCACGCAAGAUACUACAGUUAUUACGACUGUACACGAUUCUCAGGUUUUUGAUAGUCUUCCACCCCGGUUGUUCAAAGAAUACGAUGUACCUGUAGAUAUAAUUGUUACGCCUACUCAGGUAAUAAGAGUGAAUCCAAGAUUAAGAAAACCUACCGGUAUUAUAUGGCAUAUGCUUAGCGAAAGGAGACUUAAAACUAUGCAGAUAUUACAGCAGCUGAAAGAGACGGAUGAGAAAGACGGGAAAAUUGUUACUUUGAAAGAGGAGGAUUCCGAUAAUGAAAUAAAGGAACUUUACACGACUCUCCGUAAUUAUUUGAAGAGUAAGAAACGCACAAGGCCAAGGAAAAGUGUUUCCGUCGGUAACGAUAGUUGCGAAGAAGGAGAAAAAGAGAGAGCGGUAAAAACACAUUUUUCAAAAAGACGUAUAUACGAUAAAUUUAGAGCAGAAGGUCUAAUACUCGCUGUUAUUUUAUUAUUUCAGGAGAAACUUAAGAACGAUGAUAAAAGUGUACAGGAACGUCGUAAAAAUCCGAGACCAAAGUCUAAAUCACAAACAGAAUUUUCUUUAAAGUUAUCGAACAUUUCAUCUGGCACAAGAAUACGCGAUUUAAAGAAUGCAUUAUCGGAACGCGGAGUUAAACCUAACGAGAUAACAUGGCAAGGUUGCCGCGGCAUUUGCUAUCUACAUUUUAAUAAGCUUAAGAAGAAAAAUAGUACGCAGGAACAACCGAUACAGGUUGAUUCUAUAAUGGCAAAUUUGCAGAAGCUUCGUAUCGGUGAGUCUGACGGAAAAGAAAACGAUUUUAUAAUAGUAGAACCCGGUAAACCGAUAUCUAGAAUUGAAGUCACGGACGUCACUUCCGUUUAAACGGGUUGCAUGUCGGAAUAUGGAUAACCGUUUAAAGCAAUACGUGUUAUUUAAAUAAUUGUAUAAUUUCUGCCGCUUGUUGUUAGGUAUUCUUUCGAUCGAGAUUGUUAAGUUUCUUGAAUCAGCGGUUAUUUAUAACGUUUUUUUAGAGCAAAGCUUUAUAAGUAAUUCAUGAUGCAAUUCGCGUAGAUACCAGCACAAAGUAAUAUUGUCUAUUGUGCAUAAAAGUACGUAUAGUAAGUUAAGGUAACUAACUUGCUUCGCAUCUAUAUGAAUUAUUUAUGGUCGGUUAACGAACUCAUGACAAUACUAUAUUUUUUAUUAUCCACUGUGAUCACUAAACAAAUAUUUAAUGAAUAAGGGUAAAUGAAUUUAAAUAAUAUCUUGGAUGGUCUGUUGUGAAAAUUGAAGGGCCGUACAAGAUGCAUAUCUAGCAAUUGAUAACGCUUAUCUGACAUUACAGACUGAUGAUAGUUUAGACAAAUCGAAAAAUAAUAAUCAUAAUGUACCAAACCAACAUCGGAUAUAUUAUUUCUUUCGAAGAAUAUUUUCGCAGAAGAUAGACAAAGAUAUAAAAUCUAUUCUAUUUUCAUGCUAAAACGGUUUAUAGUUGUAAUUCAUCUGCUAACUAAGAAACGGCAAUACUUUUGUGAUAUUAAUGAUGCAAUUUAUCAUUCUCAUAGUAUAAAGAUAGAUAGUUAUUACUUUAAACAUCGUUGCUGUUGGUUUUGUUAUUAAUGCAGCUAUUAUUGUUUCGAUUUAUUGUAUC